AUGAGGCUGGCCAGCCUUCUGCCACUUAGUUUGGCGGCAGGUAACUCGAUAACUGAUGUAACCUGUUCCACCUUUGCUGACUGCUUUGAACCGUUCUUUGCUUCAUGUGAGAACCUCGCCCUAGUCAACAACGUAACACUCCAAGGAAACUGUGAGUGUUUGGAGGAGUUGUCCUACGAGCUUGUGGAGUUUGACCCGCCAACGAUCAUAGAUGGCGUUUCGUAUGAUUUUGCCUGCAAGAAGCUUUUGCCAUGCGAUAAGCUUGAGCAAGAACAAGGUCCCUGUCCGGACUAUUCUCAAUGCGAAAUGAGUCAAGUCAACGGCGAAAUCGUUGCUACAUGCGAGUGCUACCCCGACUACUUUCCUUCCAACUCCAGCGCUUCUGCCGUUGUCGGCAAAGAUGGCGUCACUUGCGAGCGCAUUGAUGUCUGCAGCGACUACGAUUGCUCCGGCAUUCCUGAUUCCGCCUGUGCUCCAAUAACUGCAGAUACAGCCGAAUGCCUCUGCGAUAGCAACUACGACUCCUACCAGAAUAUUGGCGGGACUUGGAUGAAGCAAACGGGAAGUGAUCAAUUCUUUGAAAAUACAGCUGUUGAUCGAAAAUGCGUGGAUAAAUUCCCAUGCUUGAAUGUUGAAUGCUCCUAUAGACAACUCUGCGUCACGAGCUUAUUCGAUGGUCUUCCUACAGCCAUGUGCUCAUGCGAACAGGGAUACGAAAAUGAUUUGAGAAAUUCCGAUGGACGAGUGACUGUUGGUGAAAAGCUCGACCUCAUAUGCAGGGACGUCGACGAAUGUGCCGAUCGAACUCUCAAUGAUUGCAAAUCAACACAAACUUGUAUCAACACAGAAGGAUCGUUCGUCUGUGAGUGUUCUGACGGGUGGCUGGAUAAUUCUGACGAGUCGUCAAACAUCCAAGUUCCGUGUAUUCAAUGCCAAGGGCCCCACGCGACCGAGUUGAAUGGGCAGUGCACUUGUGGUGGGAACGCUACUUUGAGCAGUAAUGACGAUUCACUCUGCGAGUGCCCUUCCGGCAUGGCAAUAAGUAGCGAUGGAAACUCCUGCGUCGAUUCUUGCGAGAUAAGAGGCACUGUGCUUGAAAAUGGCGCUUGCGUUUGUGAUCGUGGUCAGAGGCUACACAGUUGGGAGGAGGCCCAUGGAAGAUGUGGAUGUGCGUCUGGAUUCACGGCAUGUAACGAUCCAUCUAUCAUCUGCACGGAUUGGAAUGCCGAAUACGAUGCUUCUGCAGGUCAUUGCGUGUGCAAGACAGGCUUUGUGGAGUCACAAGACUGGGGCUGCGUUCCCUGGACCGAAGAACAAGCGAACAUAGCCAUCCUUGAUGAGCUUGAGCGGCGAUUACAAUUGAUUUAUGAUUCUGGCGUAUUGGAAGACACAUUUUCCGAAAUGAAUAAAACUGGUCUCGACAGGUUUUUGGAGAACACGGAAGAGAGGAUGCUGGAUCCAACGAAAGGCACGGGAAAGAUAACUAAGCCAUGUUCUAAACUCUCUCUGCAAUUUCACGGCAAAACAAUUGACGAAAUCGAUUACAUAUUCCACGAAUAUACAGAACUUGCGGCAAAGCCAGACAGCGACAUUUCUGCUAUCGGCGAUCUAGCCGUGAUUUAUGAUCGAUUCCAGCGCCUCUACACCUGGAACUGCCCCGCAACCGGCUACGGAAAAUACCCGCUCAUUCCAGACCACAGCACUGAUGUCGCGUGCCUUACAAAAGAUGAAUUUAAACUCUUCCUAAAAUGCAGACUGCACUAUCGAUACAACCGAUUGAUUGAGGCUAUUGCUCCAACGCAUCCGAUUGAUUGGUGA